AUGGCUAUGUUACUUAUUUGCAAGUUUAUUUUUCAUUUUUAAAGCAUUUUCACUAUUAUAGUACAAAUUUCAAAUUUUUAAAAAAUUUUGUAAGAUUUUAAAAUUUUUUAAAAUUUUCAUAUUGUGUUUAAUUCCUAAUACUUUACAUUACUCCAAAGCAAAAUUAAUAUUUCAGUGAUGACUGUAGUGUGUGUUGAAUUCAUGACAGAAGCGCGUGUUUAUCGCGGCGGUGGUUACGGUGGAUAUCGUGGUGGUUACCGUGGUGGUUAUCGUCGGCCUUAUGUAGGUGGACAUGUUCAUGUACAUCCACAUGUUGGGUAUGGAUAUGGGUAUGGUCACUAUGGGUAUCCUUACGUAUGUUUUUUUUGUUUUUUAGGGUAGGGUAUUGUAAAGUAACGUCGGAUACGGUAGCGUAGAGUAAGGUAAGGUAGGAUGGGGUUUGAGUACAUGUAGAAAAUUAUGGUAAGAUGAGGUCGGGUAUGGCAGAUAUUGGCACGGUAAAGUGGAAUAGAGUAAAUUAAGGCAUAGAGUAGAGAAAGGUAGUAUAGGGUAAGGUAGGGUAGGGAAAGGCAAGGCAAGGCAAGGCAAGGCAGGGCAGGGCAGGGCAGGGCAGGGCAGGGCAGGGCAGGGCAGGGCAGGGCAGGGCAGGGCAAAAAAUUAAGAAACCUAAUUUUAAAAUGAAUUUUAGUACGGUCACGCUCACGUUGGCUUUUGUUGGAGCUGUUACAGACGUAAGUUUCAAGGUUUCAUAACUGGUACAGCAUACCUUUACCAAGUGCAAUAUAAAAUGGCAUAACCUUUAAUUUAGCGCAUUUCAUUGGUGGUGGAGCUAUCCUCGGAGCACUGUUACUUAUUGCCACAAUAUUUUUCAUUUUAUGGUGUGCCGGUGUUCUCAUGGUAAGUCUGGUCUUGCUUUAUAAUGUCUACUAUACUUAACACAAAUAAUUUUUUUUUUCAGAAUUUUAAUAUUUUUAAAUUUAAAAAUUGUAAAUUAUUAAACCAUUUUCAGUCAUGUGGCUCCGGUACAUACGCCGAACCAAUCUACGUGCAAGAACCAGUCGUGUAUGGAUCGCCAGUCAUUGUCGACCCUCCACCGCCAUAUCCAGGACCCCCACCUUCCUACCACAACUCGCCGAGAACCUCAAACCAGCCUGAAGUAGUUAUGGUGGAAAAAGAAUCAAAACCGAAUGUUGUCAUGGUCGAAAAAGCCUAA